GCUAGGCUCCUGCGAGAGCCGCGGGGGCAGCGGGGCUGGAGCUGGAUACCGAGCCGGAGCCCGGGCGGGAGUCGGGGCCGGGGCCAGGCCGGAACGGGCUCCAACGAAAUGGGGUCGGCCGACUCCAAGCUGAACUUCCGAAAGGCGGUGAUCCAGCUCACCACCAAGACGCAGCCCGUGGAAGCCACCGAUGAUGCCUUCUGGGACCAGUUCUGGGCGGACACAGCCACCUCGGUGCAGGAUGUCUUUGCGCUGGUGCCAGCAGCGGAGAUCCGGGCGGUGCGAGAGGAGUCACCCUCCAACCUAGCCACCCUGUGCUACAAGGCAGUCGAGAAGCUGGUGCAGGGAGCCGAGAGCGGCUGCCACUCAGAGAAGGAGAGGCAGAUCGUGCUGAACUGCAGCCGCCUGCUCACUCGCGUGCUGCCCUACAUCUUCGAGGACCCUGACUGGAGGGGCUUCUUCUGGUCCACAGUGCCUGGGGCCGGUCGAGGAGGGCAGGGAGAGGAUGACGACGAGAACGCCCGGCCCCUGGCUGAGUCCCUGCUCCUGGCCAUCGCUGACCUGCUCUUCUGCCCAGACUUCACGGUGCAGAGCCACCGGAGGAGCACUGUGGACUCAGCGGAGGACAUUCACUCCCUGGACAGCUGUGAAUACAUCUGGGAGGCUGGCGUGGGCUUUGCUCACUCUCCCCAGCCCAACUACAUCCAUGACAUGAAUCGGAUGGAGCUGCUGAAACUGCUGCUGACUUGCUUCUCCGAGGCCAUGUACCUGCCCCCAGCUCCGGACAGCAGCAGCAUCAAUCCAUGGGUGCAGUUUUUUUGUUCCACAGAAAACAGACAUGCCCUGCCCCUGUUCACCUCGCUCCUGAACACCGUGUGUGCCUAUGACCCUGUGGGCUACGGGAUCCCCUAUAACCACCUGCUCUUCUCCGACUACCGGGAACCCCUGGUGGAGGAAGCGGCCCAGGUGCUCAUCGUCACCUUGGACCACGACAGUGCCACCAGCGCCAGCCCCACCGUGGAUGGCACCACCACGGGCACCGCCAUGGACGAUGCCGACCCUCCAGGGCCCGAGAACCUGUUUGUGAACUACCUGUCCCGCAUCCAUCGAGAGGAGGACUUCCAGUUCAUCCUCAAGGGCAUAGCCCGGCUGCUCUCCAACCCCCUGCUCCAGACCUACCUGCCCAACUCGACCAAGAAGAUCCAGUUCCAUCAGGAGUUGCUGGUCCUCUUCUGGAAGCUCUGUGACUUCAAUAAGAAAUUCCUCUUCUUUGUGCUGAAGAGCAGUGAUGUCCUAGACAUCCUGGUUCCCAUCCUCUACUUCCUCAACGAUGCUCGAGCGGAUCAGUCUCGGGUGGGCCUGAUGCACAUCGGUGUCUUCAUCCUGCUGCUUCUGAGCGGGGAGCGGAACUUCGGGGUGCGGCUGAACAAGCCCUACUCCGUGCGCGUGCCCAUGGACAUCCCGGUCUUCACCGGCACCCACGCCGACCUGCUUAUAGUGGUUUUCCACAAGAUCAUCACCAGCGGGCACCAGCGGCUGCAGCCCCUCUUCGACUGUCUGCUCACCAUUGUGGUCAACGUGUCGCCCUACCUCAAGAGCCUGUCCAUGGUGGCUGCCAACAAGCUGUUGCACCUGCUGGAGGCCUUCUCCACCACCUGGUUCCUCUUCUCCGCCGCGCAGAACCACCACCUGGUCUUCUUCCUCCUGGAAGUCUUCAACAACAUCAUUCAGUACCAGUUUGAUGGCAACUCCAACCUGGUCUACGCCAUCAUCCGGAAGCGCAGCGUCUUCCACCAGCUGGCCAACCUGCCCACUGACCCGCCGGCCAUCCACAAGGCGCUGCAGCGGCGCCGCCGGCCGCCGGAACCCUUGUCCCGCGCGGGCUCGCAGGAAGGCGCUUCCAUGGAGGGGUCCCGCCCCGCCGUGCCCGCUGAGCCGGGCACCCUCAAGACCAGCCUGGUGGCCACCCCAGGCAUUGACAAGCUGACGGAGAAAUCCCAGGUGUCGGAGGAUGGCACUCUGCGGUCUCUGGAGUCUGCGCCCCAGCAGAGCUCGGCAGAGGACAGCCCAGCCACGGAGGAGCCCAGCCAGGCUUGGCGGGAGCAGCGGCGACUCUCCAGUGCAUCGGCCAGUGGGCAGUGGAGCCCGACGUCGGAGUGGAUCCUCUCCUGGAAGUCGAAGCUGCCGCUGCAAACCAUCAUGAGGCUGCUGCAGGUGCUGGUUCCCCAGGUGGAGAAGAUCUGCAUUGACAAGGGCCUGACGGACGAGUCGGAGAUCCUGCGGUUCCUGCAGCAUGGCACCCUGGUGGGGCUGCUGCCCGUGCCCCACCCCAUCCUCAUCCGCAAGUACCAGGCCAACUCGGGCACGGCCAUGUGGUUCCGCACCUACAUGUGGGGCGUCAUCUACCUGAGGAAUGUGGACCCACCUGUCUGGUACGACACAGACGUGAAGCUGUUUGAGAUCCAGCGAGUGUGAAGAUGGAAGCCUGCAAGGGGCAGGGGCCAGGGGAGGGCGGGGACCCGGGGUCCCCAGUGCUGACCCCCGAUCCCCUGUUCUGAGCUUUAAAUGACCCCAAUCAGGGCUGGGCGCUUGAGUGGCCGAGUCCUGGGCGGCAGGCCCCAGAGGCCCCCUGUGGCUGGGUUGGUGGGGACCCGCCCUGCCCCUCGCCUGCAGGCUGGACUCGCCGGAACUUUCUCUCUCCAGGGCUGCAGCCCCCGCCCCACGCCCAGAGCUCCCACCUCUCUCUGGCUGCCCUUCAGGACCCGUUUCUAAGCUGACCCUCAGUGCCCGCCUGGCUCCUGGGCUGCCCAGUCCUGGAGGGCACCAGGCUGCUGUGUCCUAAUGGGCUGCCCACAAGGAAGUCUUGGGCCAUCGUUCCUGGAGGCUCCUGCAAGGGUGGGGGGAGCCUUUCCAGGCCUCCUACCCCGAAACCACCUGGUCCAGGCCCCGCCUGCUGCCAGGAGCCCGGGAAGAAGGGAGGCCAGGAUGCUCACGGAGGGGACUGGGGAUAGACGGACGCCAGGAGCCAGACUGGAGGACCCCACGCGUGUUAGGGUCUGGAGUGGGGGGUUGAGUGUCUCCUGUUGUAUUUUUCCAGGUCAAGGGAUGUAGCCUGCCUGGCUCUUACACAGAAAUGGGGGUGAGGGGAUGGGGGUGGAGAAGCCGCCGUUCAGCCCUCCCUCCCCUUUCCCACUGCCUGGAUGUUUCGGGGAGGAGGGACUGGGAGGCCACUCGUCCCUCCUCCUGGUUCUGGCCUCUUGGUCUCCCUCACCCUGCCUGUGUCUGUACAAUCUUUGCUCUGUACAAUCGGCCUCUUUACAUAAUAAAACCCCCCUCUCCAGGCCCUGCACCCUUGUGCUUGGAGGGGAGACAGGGGCUUCA